CCGAGCGGGAAGCCCGUUUCGGAACGCGCUGCGGGACCAGGCCGGCCCCGAGCGCGGGUGAUUCCUUCCUGUAAAACAGAAACUGCACCGCAUCGUUGUCACGCAGCGGCGGAGCCUCUCCCGCGCCCAGCACACGGAGCCGUGAGCUCGGCAUCCCUGCGGCACCUCGGGCGCAGCCCCCGCGCCAGGGCCCGAGGGAAAGGCAGAGCCGCGGCCGAGCCGCGCCGGAUGGGGCGGCGGCUUCCGCGGGCGACGCAGCCGCGGCCGAGGCCGGGACGAUGUGGGGGCCGCGGGGCGCGGCGGUGAGGGCGGCGGCGGCGGCCCUGCUGCUCGGGGCCGGCGCCUGCUACUGCCUAUGGCGGCUGGCGGCGGGCGGGCGGCGGGGGCGGCGAGCAGCAGCCAGGCGGGACCCGCCGGCAGACAGCAGUCCUCCAGUGUCAACCCAUACCAUGGAUGUGGAUGCUCUACAGAAACUUAUUCAUUUGCUCCAGGCCACAGAUGAUCCAUUAAUUCAAGAGCAAGCUUUAAUCACUCUCAGCAACAGUGCUGCCUUCUCUGUAAAUCAAGAUAUAAUUCGAAAUUUGGAUGGUCUUUCUGUUAUUGGAGGGAUGCUCUCUAACUGCGUUCCCAAAGUUAAAGAAAAAGCACUAAAUGCACUUAAUAAUUUGAGUAUGAAUAUUAAAAAUCAGGAAGAGAUACAGGUAUUUAUUACACAAGUUUGUAGGACUGUUGAGUCAGCUCCCCUGAACUCUGAUGUGCAGCUAGCUGGACUCAGGCUAUUGACAAAUAUGUCUGUUACCAGUGACUACCACCAAAAGAUGAUAAACUCAAUUCCAUGCUUUUUUCAUUUGCUUUCAGAAGGAACUGAAAGGACACAGAUUCAAGUUUUGAAAGUACUUGUGAACUUAUCUGCAAACCCAGCCAUGACAAUGCAUCUUCUCAGAGCUCAAGUGCCAUCAUUGAUGUUACUUUUUGACAACUGUGUAAACAGAGAUAUUCUGGUUCGAGCCCUGGCAUUUGCAGCAAACUUGAAAAAGAGCAUGAAUGAUGAAGAAGGCACCAUGCUUGAGGAAUACAGUGAAGACUCAAUUUUCUUCACACUCUAUAGGGACUCUGCCCCAUUCGCUCAGAGACUGGUAUCUUUGCUGCAUCACCCUGAUACAGAAGUGAAAGAACAAGUUGUGAGAAUAUUAACACAAUAGUGUUGUUUUUUUAAAACAGACUGACCUGAUGAAAAUGUCUAAUCUUGGCAAUGCUAUGCUAAAAAAGUCUGCAACAAGUAAACAAUACAACAAUGAUGGAAAAAAAAAACCCUAAAUACUAUCAUUUUAAUAGGCACAAAUUAGUUACUACAAAAGAGAAUGCCGUGUAUUUAAUACAGAGAGGGUAACAGAUAUUUUUACAAGCAAGAGAAAAGCAAUAGCUUUAUUACUGAUAAACCACUGCACAGUUGCUACAUUUGUGCAGUGGGGGCAAACAGUUCAAAACAUGAAAACAUUUGUAUGUAAAAUCAACAUUUGGAUGAACAAAUGGAUGCAUGAAGUGAAUGAAAAUAUCCUUUGCAAUGUCAAAGACCUUUUUUUACUUUAAGUAUUUACAGCUGUUGAAUAAAUACCUCAUUAGAAUUGUGCAUUGAAGAGUUAGAAAUUGGAGAUUAGGCGUUUAUAUUUUAUUAGUCUACCUAUGAAAAUUGUACAUCUGAAUCUUACAAAAUAAUAUCAAAUAAAAACAAUACCAGACUA